AUGCUUGAAUAAAAAGUAAUAGAAUAAGAAAAAAAAUUUUAAUUCAAGUCUUAGCAUUCACAAUCUUUAGAAACUAUUGAUACAAAGUUAGAAUAUUCAAAUAUCAACAGAAUUGUUUCUUGCGAGAACAUCUUUCAAGUAUUUGAUAAGAUUGAUAUACACUAAAAACAAGAAUGUGCUCUGAAAUUGUAAAACAUUGGCGAACGAAAUUUAAAGGAGAAGCAAAUAGAGCUAAAGAAUUUCUAAAAAAUAAUUAUGAUAACGAUAAGCAAAUUAAAAUAAAUUAUUACAGAAUAUAAGUUGUUUUCAACUCUAUUCAAAUAAAAUAUAUUCUAUUCAGCUAAUAAUAAUUAAGAGAUUAUAUAAAAUAAUAAGAAACAAAAAAAUAGAGCCCUUUUAAAAAGAGUUUUAUAUAAACAUAAGAUUUUAAUUAUUAAAAUAGGAAGAAUUAAAGAAAAUUAAAUGCAAAUUGAGGGCGAGGCUUCGUAUUAUUCGAGUAUAAUUGGAACUAAUAUUUAACAGAACAAACAAUUGAUGACAAAUAAGUUUCAUAAUUAAAAUCGAAUUGAUUCAUAUUUUUAAAAAUAUAAAGGUUAAAAAAAUAAAAUAAUAAAAUAUAGCAAUUUCAUUAGAUAGUUAAAAUAGAUUCGAAGAAACUUUAAAAUAUUUUGAUUAUGAGGGUUAUAAAACUUUUUUCAAUAAAGGUAAGAAUUUUUAUUAAUAACUUACAUAGGAAAGACAUUAUAUAAUUUAAACAGAUUUAAAGAAGCUUUAUAAAAUUUUGAUUAUGCAAUUUAAAAAAAUCCUGAAGAUUCUUUGGCAUUUAGGUGGAAAGGUAAAAAUAAUUAAAAUUGUAAAUAUAGCUGUUGCAUUAGAAAAGUUAAAUAGAUUUGAAGAAGCUUUAUAAAAUUUUGAUUAUGCAAUUUAAAAAAAUCCUGAAGAUUCUUUGGCUUUUAGGUCUAAAGGUAAAAAUAAAUAAAUAAUUAAAUAUAGCUGA